GUACGAAAAGGCUCAUUUCCCAACAUUCCAUCAUGGUCGCAGCCAUAUUUUCUCCGGCAGUCGCCCCUCAUAACCACAACCAGCACAGCGGCGAGCUGUACGUACAACAACGUCGGCAUGUCCCUCGUGAGGUCUCGUUGUACCCCCCGCAGAUCAUAUCCGACGCCAUGCCUCGCCAACACUCGGACUUUUUCAGCAACGUGCCGUACUUUGCCAUUGCCACUACUGACUCGCACGGUCGACCGUGGGCCACGCUUGUCACCGGGCCUAGCGACGCCAGACCAGUCUCGACCGUCUCCUCUGACAAGUUGCACGUGCAGAGCCAGCUCCCGACAGACGAUCCGUUUGGCGCGUGUGUGACAUCGUCCAACUCGACAGCGUUGUGGGCGGGCAUCGGGGUGGAUUUUUCAAAUCGCCGGCGAAACAAAGUGGCUGGGUACGUCGUAUCGAGUUCAUUCGAUAACGGCAUGUUGCGUAUGGACUUGACCACGAACGACAACAUGGGCAACUGCCCCAAGUACAUUACUGUGCGCGACCUCGUCUACGCCCCAAAGCCACAUCCAUCAACGAUCUCCAACACAUUCCAUGACCCAGCGACCAACGACACCGUGGCCCUAACGGACGAAGAAAUCGAGCAUGUACACCGCGCUAGCACGCUCUUUAUCGCGUCCCGCCAUAUCGAUCCGACAGAUGCCCGGUCCACCGACAUGGGACUCAACCAUCGGGGGGGCGCCCCCGGGUUCGCCCGCGUGGGGGAAGCCGGCACCACGAUCAACCUGCCCGAUUUCUCAGGCAACCGAUUCUACCAAUCCCUGGGGAAUAUCCAAACGGAUCACGUCGCGGGGCUUGUGGUGCCUUGUUUUGUCACCGGAGACCUGCUGUACUUGACCGGGCAUGCUGAAAACUUGUUUGACGACGACGCCACGCGUCUCAUGCCGCGCGUGACGCUCUUGACACGCAUUGUCGUGACUGCCAAAGUGUUCAUUAAGGCGGCGCUGCCGUUCGAUCUGCGCGGGGGCGUCGAGAGCCUGUCGCCAUACAACCCCCCCCUUCGAUACCUCGCGUCUGAGCUGGCCGCCCAGGGCAAAACUCUGGGGGGACAAGGGCUAAACGUCGCCACGCUCGCCCAAGUGACGCGUGUCACAAGCAACAUUGCCGCGUUCACGUUUGACUUGGCCGCGCCCGUGACGUUUGUCCCAGGCGGGUUUGCCGUGUUUGAUUUCUCCCAGUUCUUCGACAAGCCGUACAUGCACAUGCACAACGCCAACCCGAAACUUGUCAACGACGACUUUGUUCGCACGUGGACGAUUUCGUCGUCCCCGCCGUAUUCGCUUGAAAAGGGGGAGUUUGCCCCCACCAGCCGCAUCACGUGUACAAUCAAGCACGUUCCGGGGGGAACCGUGAGCUCGUUCCUGCACACGAUGGUGUCCCGGGGCUUCCAAGUGCCGUUGCUGGGGACUGGCGGGGAAUUUUCCCCGUUUUCAAGCCCCCCGCUGCACUCGUUGCCGGCCAAAAUGCUCUGGGUGGCGGCGGGGGUGGGUGUAACUCCGUUUUUGGCGUUUGCAGAAGCGGUGGCAGCGUCCAAGGCCUCCGUGGACGUGACCGUGUUCUUGUCAGGGCGAGGCGACGAAGGGCUCGGACUCGUCCAAGCCCUGCGACGUACGGGGAUGUCUAAAGUUAUCCUGUUUGACUCCACCGCCAAGGCGAGUACGUCGAACGCUGUGGCCCGGCGGUUGCAACUGCAUGAUUUCAAGGGCGUCGUCGACCUUCCCCACAGACACGCGUACGUCUGCGGACCAAGCGACUUCAUGCAGACGGCCACAACGUGGUUGAAUCAAGCCGGCGCCCCCAGCGUCCACAAGGAGUCGUUUGCUUUCUAACUACCCUAGAAAAUCUAUAUACACGAAUAUUAGUAUUAUUUUUCAUGUUAGCGCCUCAGAUUUGGUCAAGCAGGUCGUUUUGAAUACAAGUGUCGUUGUUUGCGUAUUAAAAGCCUCAUCAUCACGGACGCGGAUAGGAAAGUGAACGUGGUCAAGGGACGCAAGGAAGUAGCACCGGGGACAGCGUCGCCUUGCCAGCUGCAUCCACCACUUCAAUCGCAUACUCCGUCAACGCACGCGGGUGCACCUUGGACUUCAAGUAUGUUGUUGAAAGGCGCCACGAUCGAGGCAGCAAGGCGGCAUCGCCUCGUGUUGGCACCUCCACGACGUGGUCGGCCAGCGGGUCGCCGUUGUUGAACUGACUCAGCACGACAAACGCCAGUCCAGCCUCUGACGAAGCGUGGAAGCUCACGGCUGUUCCAUCGUCGACGGCAGCUUCUCCGUUUUCGACCAGCGGCACUUCGGCGACGCGGCAGCGUUCCUCCGACUCGAACGUGUGCUCCAACGCCCCGUCCGGCAAUACCGCAACGCUCGAAAACGCAAAGUUAGGUGGGGCCACCACCACAUCGUACGUUCCAUUGACGCUGCCGUACCACGCGCUUGAUCGUGUCUGCGUGUGAAAACAAACCCCCACGACACGGUUGUCAUCCUGGCGUGUGAGUUCGACUUGGACGAGGGCUUCGCCUGGCUGGAGGGGAAACACGUGGUUGAAAGUUGUGGCGUCUUCGGCUAAGUUGGACGUGGCCAGCAGCCCUGGCGCGUGCGGACUCUGUCGAAUCCAGAUAAUGUGGAUGCCUGCAUUGCCGUUGACGGACGGGAACGGUGUCGCAUGUGGCACCGGCUCCGGACGCGGCAACUGACGCGGCACAGGUUCAAAGUACGUACCCAGCGUUCCCAAAUAUUGCGGACCGUGGGACCCGUAAAACCCACUAAUAUGGGCUUCGGGGGCACACAUGAACGAAUGUUCGUUGCCGUCAAAGCCGCCAUACCAUGGACUCAUGCGCACGUUUGUGUGGAAGCGCAGCCCGUGGAUCCACCCGCUCGAUCGCACGUCCACUUGGAUGAUCACUUCGUGCGCGGCCAACACGAACGCCAGCUCGUUCGGGCCAGCGUAGUACCCGCUGUGAAACGCGUCGCUGUACUCUUUCCGCGACAGAACUCGAAAGCUCAUGAUCGCUUCGUCCGCGCACACGAGCAAGAUGGCGCCCAUCGACGUGAUAUGUUUGGUCGUGAAAGCCUCUUGGUCGCCGUCGGCUCCGGCACCCGUAGCGGCGUACGCGCCAGAGGUGGCCGGCGAUGCGGCGGCGGUGGUCGCCGUCGUUUCCGAGCUGAAGAAGCUUCCGAUUUGAUCGAAAAUGGACGUCGAUGGCGGUGACGGAAUAAUCGCGGCGGCGACUGGCGGUGGCGUCAGGUGAGUCGGGCUGGACAGGUACUGGCGGGGCACGGGCGCCACGUACGCCCCGACGCUGCCCACGUUGUCCUUUCCCGUCGUGCCAAAGAGCGAAUACAAGGCAUGAUUGGGAGGCGCCUUCAACACGUGCAACUGUCCCCCUUUGCCGCCGUAAAAGCGCGAGACUCGAAAGUUGGUGUGGAAUCGGAUAGCGUCGACCCACGCCUUGGCCCGGACGUCCACUUGCACGAUGAACUCCCCGUCCAUGAGAAUGAACAGGUCUUGGCUGCCACUUGCGGCCAAUCCGCAGAAAAGCAGGUCGUUCAGACCGGCGUUGGUCAGAAUCUCAAUCGCCGACACGCCAGAUGGACCCGUCGACGUGAUCAAGAACGCCGCCACGUCCUUCGAGUCGGUGCCAAACGCGACUUGGGGGCCCGCGCCACAUCCCACCGGCCCCACGACGGAUGCCGCCCCCCAGGCCACGGCCGGGACGUCGUCGUGGCUUGCUUCGUCUAUGGAGGUUCUCACGGCCAGCCAAGGGGACUGCCGCAGCUUCAACGCACUCGCCCGAUGCCAGUGCGCGCCGUCGGGCGUCACCACGUCCUGCACGCUGUCGUAGUUUAAAAAUAAUUUGCCGUCGGGAAACGCAUUUGAAAACGCGGCGACGGACGCUCCCGCCGACGACGGCCGGGGCUGGACGACGCAAAACAGGCGAUUCAAGUCGUCAAACCCGCGCGCCAUGAUUCCGUGCGUCGAGUGGUUCAGGCCAAGGGUAUGCCCCAGCUCAUGCAACACCGCGCCGAGUCCAGUAGCGUAAUUCGCCGCGUACGUCCCCCGGCCAGCGCUGUCGUCCCACAAGAUCGCCGGAUCAAUCCGCGUCGUGUCCAGAAAGCUCUGCAUGACGUUGCCAACAUGAGACGCCCACGUGUGCAAGCCGCAAGUUCCAAACACACCCACGACUCCACCGCCGAGCGCGGUGUGGCCUUUCGGUGCCGUCAAAGCUGCGUCGUACGUGGACGACCCCAGCAGCACGAUGUGCUUGCCCAGAUUGUCGUUCGAGAUGAAUCCUUGGGCUCUCAAGUCCUCUUCGAUACGGCCGAUCAAGUCGUGCUCAGGAAUCGACCUCGCCACGUCGUCCGUGAACGAAGACUCAACCACGUGGACGACGGGCUGCCCGUUGUCGUCAACUUCGAGGGAAAACGUAUCGGUGUGAGGAGACCCCAGGAGCGCGGCCAUCGCGGUUUGAAGUAGCGCCGCGUUGAAUUGGAUCUUCUUAAUCGCCGCUGCCUCGCUGUUGUCGACACCUGGAGGAGCGUCGAAUGUCCCAGCAGACCCAUGGCCUUUCUGGUAGUACACAUGCACGCGAUGGGGUCGCGUCGAUGGCGCGUAUUCCACGGACACGAUCUCGUAUGUCUCAGCAAUGUUCAAGCAAAUCUCAUGGCGGCCGUAGUUGGGUAGGGGAAUGAGGGCUUUGAACAACCCGGCAUGACUCACUGGCCAGGAUGUGGCCGAGUCGUUCACAUGCACUUCGGCCAGCACGUUGUCCGGCAACUCCCAGUCACAGGUGAACUUUCCUUCGAGGAGAAGCAGGGGAUGCCGGACGACAUGGCCCUCGGUGACAUUUAGCAGCUCAAUGCGGGCUUCAGCCAUCGUGCUUGCUCAAUCGCUGAACUCUCCCGAUCUUUUUCUCGCUUAUAUUCU